GCUAUCCAUCAAUAAUGAACAAACACAAUAGAAGAAAAAAAAAAAAAACAUUGAAAAAUGUUGAGGCUUCUGAGAUUUAGCUCAGCUACCAUUUCCAAUUCAACAAAAUUUUUGCAUAGUCCAUGUAGAUUGACUUCCAAUCGCUUCCUCGAUAUUUACCAGCUAGGAAACAAGGAGGCAAUUGAGAAAGAGCGUGCUCGGCUUAAAGAUGAGAUGAAUCGGGGAUAUUUUGCUGAUAUAAAUGAGUUGAAACAACAUGGUGGUAAGAUUGCAACCGCAAAUAAGAUUAUCAUUCCGUCAAUGGCGGCUGUGAAGUUUCCUGCUUUGGAAGUGAAUCACUCAGUUGGUUCAAAUGUUAAGCUUCCCAUCACCUCCAUUGGAAAUGGCGUAGAGGCAAAUAAAUCAGAAGCACCGAAGGCAUCAUUGUUGUGUCUUUCAUUCCGUGCAAGCUCACAGGCAAUGAUUGAUUCUUGGAGUAAGCCGUUUCUGGAUACAUUCAAAAAUUCUAAAAGGGUUCAGCUCUAUGAGAUCUCCUUUAUAGAUUCAUGGUUUUUGACACUCGGUCCUGUAAAGAAACUGCUACUUCGGACGAUGAGGAAAUCUAACCCCCAUGAGAGCAAGGAUGCACUGCAUAGACAGAUUGUCUAUUCAUUUGGAGACCAUUACUAUUUCCGGAAAGAGCUUAAAAUACUGAACCUACUGACUGGGUACAUGUUCUUGGUUGACAAAUUUGGUAGAAUACGAUGGCAAAGUUCCGGAUUGGCAACAGAAGAAGAGUUGUCAUCGCUUCUCUCUUGUACGUCUUUUCUACUGGAUGAGGAAUCGAAGUAAUAAGAAUCAAACGGCAUAUGGAGGGACUUCUUUGUUAUUCAUAAACGUUUCAAGUUUGUGCUUCUUUUAUACCUCAUUAUGUUUCUUGAAUUACUUUAAUUUUCCUACAAUGAUGCACUUUUCGGUGAUUCUGGACAAGUUCUCUGAGCUGAAUUAGCUGUUUGCCAUGAAACAUAGAUGUUGUAAACAAUUUCUUCAGGGUAACAUAAGGAUGUUUUAAUA